AUGGCCACCAAAACUCCGAUCCUGACCGACAAAGCCCCCAAGCCCCUCCCCGGUAUCUACUCUCAAGCUAUCGUCUCUAAUGGUGUCGUUUAUUGCUCCGGCGCAGUCGCUAUGGACCCAGAAACCGGCAAGAUCGUUGAUGGGGACAUCAAAGCUCACACUCACCAAUGUAUCAAGAACCUUUCCCAUGUUCUCGAGGCCGCAGGUAGCGAUAUCACGAAGGUCCUCAAGGUGAAUGUGUUCUUGUCUGAUAUGGAUAACUUUGCCGAGAUGAAUUCCGUCUAUAUGCAGUACUGGGGUGAUGUAAAGCCUUGUCGGACAUGUGUGGCAGUUAAGACCCUACCCUUGAAUACGGAUGUGGAGAUUGAGUGUAUUGCUGCUGUGUAA